AUGCUAGCGAACGCUAAAUUGGGACGCUUCUUUGGCAUUAUUUCCGUGGCGUUUAUGUUCGGCAGCGGUAUACCUUAUACCUGUAUACCUUUAGUGUUGCCAUCCGUCGUUACAGAAGACAACGUGACGAUUAGAUCGUUUCCCAAUCCCUCUGACUUAAUCUUCUUGGACGUUCAGGUCAGUCCAAUUUACGAAAUCGUAUACAUAUUAGAAACUUUGUCAUGUUGUGUUUUGUAUACCGUAUUUUGCGGCACUUGUAGUUUAACAGCUAAAUUCGCAACUCACGCGUGCGGUCAGUGCGAAGUCUUGAUGUAUAUAAUUGAAGAGAUAAUCGAGGGUGGCGAUCGAAACCGGGGUACUAUCAACCAAAGGAUUAAAACCGCUGUAACACAACAUCUCCGAAUACUCAAAUUUGUUUCUGAUGUAGAUAAAAUAUUGAACGAGAUAUGUUUAGCGGAAUUUAUAAAUGCUUCGUGUAAUAUAUGUUUACUUGGUUACUACGUUAUCAUGGAUUGGCACAAUCAAGAAUCGAUGCUACAAAUUUUCGUCUAUUUCCUUGCCUUCGUAUCUAUCAUUUUUAACAUAUAUAUAUUUUGCUAUAUCGGCGAACAGCUUGUAGAUCGAUACCAGAAAAUAGGUAUUAAAUGUUAUAUGAUAGAAUGGUAUCGUUUACCACAGAAUAAGGCGCGUGAUUUGAUUUUUCCGAUGAUUAUGUCAAAUUAUCCGAUUGAACUUACUGCUGGAAAAAUGAUAACAAUGAGCAUAAGCAGUUUUUCUAAUAUUUUGAAAACGUCGAUGGCGUACUUUAAUUUAAUUCGCGAGCAAAAGAGCGCAUUCGCCUCCGAUAUAAUGAAACAAAAUAAAUUUCACGUCUCGGACUUUUAUUACGCCGUCCAGAUAAGCAUUUGCCUGCUGAAGCCGAUCGGUGCUUGGCCGUUGCGACAGCAAGCUACCAAGGUAGAAAUUAUCGUUCACGGUUUAUCAAUCGCCGUUGCCACGUUCCUUCAGUUCUUCGCGGUCACCUCGUGGAUUACAUGUAUGAUUAUCACAAAAUGGAGCUUUUAUGAGAUUCUCAGAACCGCAUGUCCGCUAAUAUUUACAAUUACCGUUUUUCUGAGAUACCUACUGUUGCUGUCCCAUCAGCAUGAGAUCAAAUCGUGUAUCGAUCGCGUUGCUGAAGACUGGCGUAACGUGACGAUAGCCGAGGAUCGUGAGAUCAUGUUAGCGAACGCCAAGUCAGGACGUUUCUUCGGCAUCAUUUCCGUGGCGUUCAUGUUCGGCAGCGGUCUACCUUACAACUGCAUGCCUUUAGUGUUACCGCCUAUUGUUACCGAAGACAACGUGACGAUUAGAUCGUUUCCCAAUCCCUGUGAGCUGAUCUUCUUGGACGUCCAGGUCAGCCCAGUUUACGAAAUCACAUACGCAUUGGUAGCUUUAUCGUGUUUCACUGCGUAUACCGUAUUCUGCGGCAUUUGUAGCUUAACAGCCAAAUUCGUUACUCACAUAUGCGGCCAAUGCGAGAUCCUGAUGUAUAUUUUCGAUGAAUUGGUCGACGGUGGUGAACGAAAUCGUGGUACCGUCGACCAAAGGAUCAGUACAGCUAUGGUACAUCAUCUUCGAAUACUCAAAUUUGUUUCUGAUGUAGAUAAAAUAUUGAACGAGAUAUGUUUAGCGGAAUUUAUAAAUGCUUCGUGUAAUAUAUGUUUACUUGGUUACUACGUUAUCAUGGAUUGGAAUAAUCAGGAAUCGAUGCUACAAAUUUUCGUGUAUUUCGUCGCCUUUAUAUCAAUUACGUUUAACAUAUAUAUAUUUUGUUAUAUCGGCGAGCGAAUCGUAGAACAAUGUCAAAAAGUAGGCAUUAAGUGUUACAUGAUUGAAUGGUAUCGUUUACCACGGAAUAAGGCGCGUGACUUGAUUUUUCCGAUUAUUAUGUCAAAUUAUCCGGUUGAGCUUACUGCCGGAAAAAUGGUGAAGCUAACUAUGAAUAGUUUUUCUAAUAUUUUAAAAGCGUCAAUGGCAUACCUUAACUUACUUCGUGAAGUUUCCUCGCAAGAUAUGUAA